CUUCAGAAAUAGUGCAUCUUCAACAACGAGAUUUCCUCAGCACAAUAAAUGACCUCGAGAACUGAGGGGCUCGAAGUAACCGCUGCUACUCCAAUUUACAGUUCACAAUGGCGCUCCGAAGAAGCACUCAAACCCUCCUCUUCCACGCCCGAACCCUUGGCCCAGCAAGCUCCGGCGUGACCGCUUCAUCUCUACAAUUCACCAGACAAUACCACCCGACGAGGAACCUAUGCGCCAUCAACGAUCAGCCCAUGCCGGACCGAGAGGCUCUCAACCCGCGGCGCUCCGAGGGGACCAAGAGCGGGACCGACGACGACGCGGCUCAAACGGACGCCGCCUUCGACCGCCAUAACACGGAACCCAAGACCGAGAAGGAGAGCGCCCAGGGUAAUGGGAAUCCGCUUGGCGUCAGUGGGGCAAAUAGGGACGUGUCCGCGACGCCGAACCCCAAGGAGGAGACUGAUAAGUCGGACAAAAAGACUAGGAGCGGCGCGGGCGAGCAGAAGAAGGGUGGUAAGGUUGGGCCAAUGUGAGGGUUGGCUGUGCCGAUCACUGGGCCUGCAGUAGAGGAGGUAUUGAGGAUGGUAUGUGAGGUGUGACGAGGCUGGACUAAUUGUCCGGCAGGUGCUGGGCCUGUACAAAAUUCUCGAGCAUAUGGGCUGCAAUAUGGGGUUGAAGAGACCGCAUCACGAUAUUCAUCAAUCUGUUCAUGCCUCAUGCCAUGCGUCCCGUCGUGCAAAGCCGAUUGCUCGCCAGACUGUUCAACCAACCGCCUCGGCAAAUCACUGCGCCAAAUAAACUUAGGAUCCCCGGCCAUCGGCCCCCCCCAAUCAAAAAGCCUCCGUCAUGUUCAAGCAUACAGCCCAUCCAUGUCAUCCUCCUCCUCCCCU